AGUUUCGUUUUCUUGGCAGCCCACGGUCUCCAGACUUGGGUGGGAGAUUUUGAUUGCGGUCGCACGAACAUCCCAAAGCCUGAUGAGAUUAAACACCAGCUGGGCGUUGCGGAGUUGGCCACCUUCAAGCUUGAGGAAGGAUGUAAUCCACACCUCUUAAUACAUGACUAUACUUCUCUGCCGCUCACCGAAACCCAAAACGUCACCACCCCCACGCCCAAGGAGAAAAAGGAAAAAAAGGCCUCGGAGGCUAAGAAGGUCCUCAAAGAGCUUCAAAAUGCACACAAACGCGCUGAACGUGAGCGCGAGCGUCUACGGCGCGAACGGGAACGUGAAGAGAUGCUACGCCAAAAACGUGAGGAGCAACUACUGCGUUCACGGGAUCGGCAACUGAAGAAGGAACAAGCGGAGCGGGAGAAGGAGAUUCGUCGUCUGCAGCGCGAAGAGCUCCGCAAACAGAAGGAGAAGGAACGUGAAGAUGAAAAGCAAAAGAAGGAAGAGGAGCGUCUGAAGCGGGAGGAAGAAAAACGCAAAAAGGACGAGGAGCGUCAUGCCAAGGAGUUGGAGCGACUCAAGGAGGAAGAAGAAAAAAGACGCAAGGCUGAAAAGCAGCGUGCCCUUAUGAUGGGCUUCCUUGUUAAGCAGGACGAAAAACAGGUGCGUUAA